CGUGCGACCUAGUGCUUCGUGACGCUGCUGUAAAUUUCGAAGGUCUUGUGUCGAGAUCAUUCUAUGCAUUUCAUCUGAGCUCUGUUUGUAACCGUUUUAUGCGACAAGAUGGAGCCUCAAAUGCUCGUUAACCAAGGACUCAGCGAGAGUGUUGCUCAACGUGUUUCUGAAAUCUUUGCUUUGGGGAUUCUUUCUCCUGAAGAACUCGAUGACAGGGCGUUCGAAGCUCUUCGCGAAUUCAAUCAAGAAGGCGCUUUGGAAGUAUUAGAUCAGUUUGCGAACAGUGACUUAUCUCAUGUGCAAAAUAAGAGCGCUUUUCUUUGUGGAGUGAUGAAAACCUACGUAACAAAGUCUUCUACGACAGGCGCUGAUACCACUAGCAACCAGGGAGCACCCAGCAAAGCUGACGAAGGGAAGAUAAAAGCUCUAUUAGAGAGAACUGGUUAUACGUUAGAUAUCACCUCGGGACAGAGGAAAUAUGGAGGUCCACCACCUAACUGGGAAGGUCCUGUACCCGGGACAGGUGGUAGUGAAAAAGGCUGCUGUCAGGUUUUUGUCGGGAAGAUCCCACGUGACUGCUUUGAAGAUGAAGUAAUCCCACUUCUCGAAGAAUGUGGUCAGAUUUACGACUUCCGUCUUAUGAUGGACCCUGAAUCUGGGCUUAAUAGAGGCUAUGGAUUCUGUACAUAUGCAACAAAAGCUGGAGCACAGAGUGCAGUCAAGAAACUUGACAACAAGGAAAUUCGACCUGGCAAGAAGUUGGGAGUCUGUGUAUCAGUAGCAAACAACCGUCUCUUUGUUGGAUCCAUCCCAAAGAGCAAGACUAAGGAAGAAAUACUGGAGGAAUUUGGAAGAGUCACCUCUGAUUUGACCGAUGUCAUUGUUUACUUGUCUUCAGAGCAAAAGGGCAAAAACAGAGGCUUUGCAUUCUUGGAAUAUGAAAGCCACAAAGCAGCUGCACUGGCAAAGCGACGUCUUCAGAGUGGUAAGGUUUACGUCUGGGGAAUGGCAGUUGCCAAAGUUGAGUGGGCUGAUCCACAGGAAGAGCCCAAUGAUGAAGUUAUGGCAAAGGUGAAGGUGGUUUAUGUUCGAAACCUGUCACCUGUCAUCACAGAGGAAAAACUACAAGAAGAGUUUGGCCAGUUUGGAACUGUAGAAAGAGUUAAAAAGCUCAAAGAUUAUGCCUUUGUCCACUUCACUGAACGGGAAGAUGCACUGAAUGCGAUAAAUGCACUAGACCAACAGAUGUGGGAUGACAUUUCAAUAAGUGUGUCCCUAGCAAAACCACAACCAGCCAACAAGGACAGUAGGCGAAGAGGAGGCCCUGGAAUGGGGCAAAGUCCUCGUGGAGCACCUCGAGGUGGAGCACCCAGAGGGCGAGGUCGUGGCCGAGGGGGAUAUGAUCCAGGGUAUGAUAACAGUGGUGGGUAUGGCCAAUAUGGAGGUUAUGAUAGUGGAAGCAGUUAUGACAGCUACUAUGACGAUAGCUAUGGAGGUGGUGGUGGUGGUGGGUAUGGUAGUGGGUAUGGUAGUGGAUAUGGAAAUGAUGGAUAUGGCGGAGGUGGCAGAGGAGGCUACUACAGCCAAGGCGGCUCAAGAGGUGGGCCUAGGGGGUCACGUUCCCGUGGUGGUCCAGGUGGGCCAAGUAGAGGUGGACCUCGUGGUGGCAGUGGCUUUGGUCGCGGAGGCAGGGGUGGACGCGGUGGUCCUCCUAGAGGAAGGGGUGGUAGAGGUGGAGGUGAUGGUGGCUAUGGUGCGCAGAAGCGCAAGUUUGGUGAUGAUGGCGGUUACCAAGGUGCGGCUGGUGGCUACUCGGAACCCAAGAGGCAGUAUAUUGAUUACAAUCAUCAGUAUGGGCAGCAGGACUCCCAGCAAGAGUGGGGUGGUGACUACAACUACAGCGACCAGGGUGAUCAACAGUGGUACCAAGACUCCUGGUCACAACAGGGAUGUUCAAGAGUUUCCAAAUCUAGGACUGAAGAGACGAAAAAAGUGAACGUAGGAGGUUGCCUGUUCCUGCAAAGUUUAUAUGCCACAUUUUAUACUUUAGUUGCUCAAAAAAUCGAAAUGUUUAUGCACUGUCUUCGUUUCAAUCGAGUUCCCAAGUCACAGCCGAGUCGUUAUCGAUUGAAAGAACCUGCUUACUUUCGUGGUCCACCCCCAAGAUACCAUUCAAACAUUCGCAAACCACGUUGUUUCGGCGUCUCGGAUUUGAAGCGUUUUGGGUUUGAGUCAGUAAAUUUACAAAUCGAACUUGCAAUGGAAUCAACGCAAGAAUUAUCAGAUGAUGCACAGACACUUGUUGGCCAAGGGCUGAGCGUUCGAGUGGCUCAGCGAGUCAGUGCGAUCUUUGCCACGGGCGCGUUGCUUCCUGCAGAACUCGAUGACAGAGCAUUAGACGCUCUACGAGAAUUCAAUGAAGAUGGCGCUCUCGAAGUUUUAGAACAGUUCGGAAACAGCGAUCUGUCCCAUGUGCAAAACAAGAGUGCUUUCCUCUGCGGAGUAAUGAAGACAUACCGCGAGAAAAACCGUCAGAAGGCUCACGGACAAACACCCGGAAACGAAACCUUGAGUGGCCCAGACGAAGAGAAGAUCAAAGCUUUGCUAGACAGUACAGGGUACACUUUGGAUAUCACUACAGGACAACGGAAAUAUGGUGGCCCACCGCCAAACUGGGAAGGCCCUCCUCCUGGGACAGGCAGCGAGAAAGUUUGCUGCCAAGUGUUUGUUGGCAAGAUCCCCCGAGAUUGCUUUGAAGAUGAACUUAUUCCUGUUUUGGAAGAGUGUGGCAAAAUCUAUGACUUUCGUCUAAUGAUAGACCCUCUGUCAGGUCAGAACCGAGGCUAUGGCUUCUGUACAUAUUCUUCUAAAGAUGAAGCACAAGAUGCCACCAAGAGGCUCGACAAUAAAGAAAUCAGACCUGGUAGAAGGCUUGGAGUAUGCCUUUCUGUGGCAAAUAACCGUUUGUUUGUGGGCUCUAUACCCAAGAACAAGAAUAAACAGGAGAUCCAGGAAGAGUUCAGUCAAGCCACAACAGGGCUGACAGAUGUUAUUGUGUACAUGUCAGCAGAAAACAAGUCCAGGAACAGGGGAUUUGCCUUUCUAGAGUACGAGUCACACCAGGCAGCAUCUCUUGCUCGGCGAAGACUCUCCAGUGGGAGAGUGAAAGUAUGGGGCAACAUAACCCCAACUGUUGACUGGGCCGACCCUCAGGAAGAACCUGAUGCAGAUGUUAUGUCCAAGGUUAAAGUUGUUUAUGUCAGAAAUGUGACUCCAAAUGUCACUGAAGAGCAGUUGAAGGAAAAGUUUACAGAAUUUGGCACAAUUGAAAGAGUCAAGAAACUCAAAGAUUAUGCCUUCAUCCAUUUUGUUGAGCGUGAAAAUGCAAUCAAGGCGAUAGAAGCAAUGAACAAUUCUACAAUGGAUGGUGUAACACUAGAGGUGUCCUUGGCCAAGCCUCAGCCAUCAAACAAAGACAGGAAGCGUGCAGGCCAGUCUGGAUAUGGUUCCAUGAAUGCUGGUGCUCGAGGAUCCCGUGGUGGUCCACGAGGUGGAGGCCCUCCUGGGCGUGGCCGUGGCCGUGGAGGGUAUGGAGGGGGAUAUGGAGGGGGAUAUGGUGGUGGAGAUGGGUAUGGAUACAGCGAUGGAGGCUAUGAUGAUUACUAUGAUGGUAGUGGUUAUGGCUAUGGUGCCAGUGGCGGUUAUGGUGAUAGGAGUUAUGGUGACAGCCAUUAUGAUGAUUACUAUGGCGGUGGUGGUGGUGGUGGCAGCGGCAGUGGGUAUGAUGGCUAUGGUGGCUAUGAUCGCUACAGUGAGAGUCCAAGAGGCGGUCCCCGUGGGCGCAGUGGCCCACCUCCCCGUGGAGGUCGUGGUGGUUUUCCAGGAAGAGGUGGUGAUCGAGGGGGAAGGGGAGGUCCCCGUGGCGGUCCAUCCCGUGGUGGCAGAGGUGGCCCUCCGAGAGGUGGACCCAGAGGAGGAGGUGUAGCCCCUGGUAAAAGGAAGUAUGGUGCUGAUGCACAGGCAACAGUGGAGUACCCCGAGACCAAACGCAGAUAUAUGGGUCAGAACCAAUCAGGUGGAGGAUGGGGAAGUCAGCCAAUUGCUCAACAGCCACUGUACAAUGAAGGAGGUUAUGGCAACCAAGGAUCAAACCAGGAGUGGUAUAGUGACAGUAACUGGCAAGGGUGGUAGACCAGCUGGAGAUAUUUUGGCUUAUGACUGAUUCUGAUUUGGCAACCCAUUACUCGGCCUUUCUUUGUUUGUUUCGGUUUUUUAAGUUUGAAAUGGGCUAAAUUCGACAUUCUGUAUAUAGAGCUGUUUGGCUUGUUCUAUCUAGACUUGUCUAGUUGGUGAUUCAGUUUGGAAGCAGUGACACAAUUUGGUCAGUGUGGUGCCAGUAUGUGAGGCAUUUUAUUUUUACAUGCGAUUGGACACAGCUGUCUCGAAAGAGUUUUUAGAUUCUUUUAAUUCAGUAUAAACUAUGCUGAUUGCUUUUGGACAUAGCAACUUUUAGAUGAUAUGGAACCACUGUAUCGAUUAUCUCUGCUUUUUAGCGUAGUAAAGUUCAUUGCAGUUAGUUUUUUUUAGUAAAUGAAACAUUGCUUUUGGAAGUUCAAAUGGCAGUGCCUUUUGGCCAUUGAAUAUUCAGUGUGAUUUGGUCAUCGGAAGAUAAACAUACUGUUUGGGCUUGUAAAGUUGUUUGAUUGAAGUCCUUAUCAGAAGGAUUAAAACUGCUAAUAAAACACAUUAUCUAAAAUGGCCUGGCAAGAAAACGCUGGCUAAAAUUUAA